AGUAAAACCAAGAGAAUACAACGCAAUUGCCGUGUCGUUUUAAAUAUUAUUAAAAUUAUAUUCUCUAAAACAGAACUUUACGUAAUAUUUAUUGUGGAAAAUAGUUUCAGCCACCGGUAGAAUCCAAUUUCGCUAGAAAUAGUCUGACGUCAUAUUCAAAGGAAAAUGAAAAUUUCUGCCGCUUCCGCUGCUGCUCUUGCCAGCAACACAAACAGUAGUAGUGCGACCGCUGCACCUGUAGUACCUAAAACGGAGCCGGAAGCAAUUGGGACCGAGGAGUCAAUGGAAUUUCAGACACCCAACAGCAGUUCCACUCCCAACGUUAGCAAGCGUCCUGCUUUCCUGGACCUCAACAAGAAGAACAAGCGCGCAAUGGCACCCCUACUAAUUGAUUCGCCCGAUGUACCUGGAAAAACGCUAAACACUCCGGACCUUGAGAAAAUAUUGCUAUCGGGCAACAUGCUGCAGACGCCACAGCCGGGCACGGUAUUCCCCACUAAAGUGGGUCAAAUCACCACGGAGCAGGAGGAAUUCGGCAAGGGAUUUGAAGAAGCACUCCAAAACCUACAUACCAGCAAGAAUACGCAGGCGUUUCUGGGUAACAAUGUCAACAAUGCCCCGGUUGCCAGCAAUCCAGCUGCUUCCGCGCCCACGAUGACUGCCGUGAACAAUGGCAUCAGUGGGGGCACAUUUACCUACACCAACGUGGAGGGCUUCCCCGUCAUCAAGGAUGAACCACAUAUUGCGGUCUCUUCUCCAACGGUUAGUCCAAUUGAUAUGGCAGAUCAGGAAAAGAUUAAACUGGAGCGCAAGCGUCAACGGAAUCGUGUGGCGGCCUCCAAAUGUCGCAAGCGCAAGCUGGAACGCAUAUCGAAGCUGGAGGAUCGUGUGAAAUUACUUAAGGGCGAGAAUACCGAUUUGGCAGGCAUUGUGAAAAGUUUGAAGGAUCAUGUGGCACAGCUGAAGCAACAAGUCAUGGAGCAUGUGGAAGCCGGAUGCACCGUACAGGCAAUUGCCAAUGCCGCUCUGCUCGCGGGCAAAUAACAUAGGGAUAUCGCCGAGGAGACUGUGGAGCAGUAUAUGUCUAGUUUAAUAUCAGACGACAAUGAUACUGAAGCCGAGACGGAAGACCAACAAGAUCAGGAACUAGAAGACACCAUCGAAACAGCCGUAGAUGCGGAAAGUGGUGUAGUGCUGUUGUCUACAGUGGCCUUGGAGCAGGAGAUAUCGCUAGAACUAUUACUUAAUGCAUCAUCGAAUACUUUCGAUUUAGACACACUCCCAACUAAUCAUGUUGUAAUUGACGCAAUCGACCAUUUGACGGACUGCAGUGAGUCCACGGGCUGACUAACGCAACCCAUUUAGCUAAUAGUGCCUUUUUAUACAGAAAACGUUAAUUUUUGCCUAAGCCUUGAUUAUACUAAAGUGCAAUGCCUUAUUUGCAGCGCAGUUCUUUAAA